UGUCAAAUUUGUAUAGUUAAUUUAUUAGGCAACUAUUAAUGGAUUUGUUACCUACAAAAUUUGUAAUUCCUCCUUCAAGUUCAUUAUUUUGUCCUCUCUGUGAGAAACUUUUCAAAGAUCCAGUAAUUUCAACUUGCUGUGGACACACGUUUUGUAGAAAAUGUGUAGAAAACUCAUCAAUUUUAAGUUGUCCACUAGAUGGUAUCAGAAUGGGAUCAAAUGUAAUUGUUUCAAACCGUGCUGUGAAUGGUCAGUUAGAGGACCUAUUAAUCUGGUGCAGACAUACACUAUAUAGGGUAGAUUCAGAAGAUGAUUUUCAAGUAGAUGAAGAUGGUUGUCAAGAACAAAUAAUGCUUGGUCAAAGAGCUAUACACGAAGAAUCAUGUUUGAGUGCAUGGAUACCUUGUCCAAAUAGCUCAAACCAUUGUGGAAAAUUUAGAAAAAUGCAUUUUAAUGAUCAUCUUAAAGUUUGUGAAUACAAGCGAUGCAAAUUCGCUACAAAAGGCUGUGAAUUUCGCGGUGGAGAUGAAAAACUUCAGUUGCAUGAGGUUCAGUGUUCAUUCCAAGAAACAGCUGUUGAAUGGGAUUCUAUUUGUGAUGGAGAAAAUGACGAUGGUUUACAUGCUAAGUAUCUUGUUAAAGCAGUUAAAAAUUUAAAUGAAAGAGUUGGUUUAUUAGAAAAAUCAAAAGAUGAAAUUAUCAAUACUUUGGAAAAAUAUAACAGCAAUGUUAUCAAUCUUUCAAUACAAGUGGAAAAACUUUCUCAAAACAUUGAAAAACUUCUUUAUAUACCUAAAACCAACAGCGUUCAUCAACCUGCCUCAAAAUCUAUUUCUGAUAUCUCAUCACAAAAUCAUAGGCGGACAGUCUCAACAACCGGAUUAAAUACAUUAGAUGAUGUUCGGUCAAGAUCAAGUUCAAGUGCUCCUUCACGAAUGUUUAGCUUCGCUGAACCUAAAAUUGAAAUGUGGAAAAUGCCGCUGUCAUUUAAAUGUGUUGGAACAUUUAGAGGCCACAAUGGCACUAUUCGAUCAAUUGCAUCAAAAGGUAUGUAUGUUUUUAGUGGAGGUGAUGAUCAAUCUAUUAAAGUUUGGGAUAUUCAAGAUAAAGAUAUGAAAAAUUCUAAAGGGUGCAUUGCAACACUUAAAGGUCAUACUGGUGAGAUUCAUGCUAUAUGUACAUCUGGUCAGUAUUUAUAUAGUGCUGGCAGCGAUAAAUCUAUCAAAGUUUGGGAUGCAAAUACACUAAAGUUGCUUUCUUCAAAAGGGGAUGCACAUUUAGAUGUGAUUGGUGCAUUGAUGUCAACAGGAAAAUACAUAUUUAGUGGUUCCUAUUCAUCAAUAAAGGUUUGGCGGACUGUUACUCUUGAACUGUUGCAUAGCGUAUCAGAUAUUUACCAUUGGGUUCGAGCAUUCGCUGUUUCUUCAAAACGAAAGACAGUCUAUAGUGGCUCACACAAUAAAGUUCAUUUAUGGAGUGCUGAAGAGCCGUUUACAUGUCUUGGAGAGCUUACUCACACACAUGGCUCAGUCUAUUCUCUUGCUGUUACUAACCACUAUUUGAUUAUAGGCACAUACAACCAAAAUACACAUUUAUACAACGUUGUCACACAUCAACACAUAAAAGUAUUAAAUGCUCAUAUUGGUAUAAUCAACGACAUUGUUGUUUCACCAAGUGGAAAUUUUUUGUUUACAGCAUCCUAUGAUCACACAGUACAGCUGUGGGAUCUUGUAAAACUACUUCCUGUUCAAAUACUAAGCCGUCACGAAGGAAGCGUUAAUUGCAUGACAUUACGUGGUGAUAUGCUUUUCACUGGAUCAGAAGACCAGGAGAUUAAGGUUUAUCUUUAUUAUCAAGGGUUGGCCAGCAAAAAUCUAAUGGUUGUUUAGAAUUCAACGAAUAGUUGAAUUCUAAACUUUUGCUAUCAUGCAUAUAUAUUCCAUCAAAUAGCGCUGCGAAGUCAUUUGGGUAAAUUAAUUUAAUUGUGGGGCACAUUAAACUUACAAACUUACUUAAAAUUUAUAAACACCAGGAGCAGGUAUAGAAGUGCAAUUAAUGAUUAUUAACAAGACCAAUAUUUAAUUUAAACAAUCGGCCGGCACGAGGUAAUGAUUCUGAUCACAAAGAUAUGAUAAAUGUGUUUUAAAUGUAAUUUAAAAUCUUUGAUAAAAUACCAUCACUGCGCAUUUUUGGAAAAUGUUUUUGAAAAUGAUGUUGUUCAGUUUUAAAAGUAUGAGUUUGCCUUGCAAGUUCAUGUUGAAUUUGCUAAAAAAUAUUCCUUAUUUUCAAACCUUUAAUUUUGAUUAAAUUGUAUUCUAUUGGAAAUGCGUUGUUUACAACCUUGGCAUACUGCAUAUUAUCAAAGAGGAACUAGUGAAAUUGUCAUUCAUAUUAUAAGUGCUUGUGUACUUUAUCUGGAUUUUGGACUGGAGUAACACCAGAUUUGGACAUUCCAGCCUUAAACAAUUAAGCAUAGUUUAAAUUUUUACUUAAUUUUUGAAAUGUUAAAAACUUUUUUUCGUGAAACAUUCAUUUAAAUAGUUUAAACAUGCUUUUUGAAGUGAAUGGUAGGUUAAUAAAGCAAAAUAAAAAAAGUAUUUUGU